UGUGUCCCUGUAACAUCAUGACAACGUUACAGGAGCUGUAAUCCUUUCCACUGAGGGGCAGUGGGCGGCGCGCACUCAACGCGCCCCUUAUUGCGAGGCAUAUACAUGUGAGGGAGCGCGUCCCCCCAAAUCCUUCCAGCCAGCCCGGGAGGAACCCACUCUUUAAACCCAGACCGAGCCAAGCUGGGCCGAACCGAGCCGAGCCAAUCCGAGUGUACAGAGGCAGCGGAGGAGCCGCGAUGAGCUGGUAGCGCAUCUUUUACGCACACCAACCGACCGCUCCGCCGCCCGCCCGCACGGCCGUCCCUUAUAAACUGCACCGUCUGCCGCUCCACGUUCAGUUCUCACGCCGACACCAUGGAGACGACACUGGCCAGGAGCGACGCGAUCGUUUCCCAGCUGCUGCUGUUCUGCCACAUCGUUGUGGCAGUGGAGCCACUGGUCCGAGGCCUGAAGAAACUCCCAGAAGAUAUUGACUGGUCGUACUCAGGUACCCUGAACCAGCACAGCUGGGGUAAGAAGUACCCGUCCUGCAACAGCGGGCGGCAGUCUCCUGUGGACAUCGAUGAAACCUUCACCCAGGUCAGGCUGCAGUACCAGAACCUACAGCUCGAGGGCUGGGACCAACUGACGGCAGAGUCCAGCACCAUCCACAACAAUGGGAAGACUGUGGCCAUUGAUGUGGAGGGGGAGUUCUUUGUGAGCGGAGGAGGGUUGAACUCCAGGCUUCGUGUCAGUAGAAUCACGUUCCACUGGGGGCGCUGCAACGCAACGUCAGAUGGGUCUGAACACAGCCUGAAUGGGAUGAAAUACCCUCUGGAGAUGCAAAUCUACUGUUACGAUCCGGAUGACUUUCUAAGUCUGGAUGAUGCUAUAAGGGAAGGAGGGAGGGUCUCUGCUUUGGCUGUGCUCUUUGAGAUCAGCCUGGAAGACAAUGAGAACUUCAAUCCUGUGAUAGAUGCCAUCAACACUGUCAGCAGGUUUGGUAAAAGCGGCUCGUUGGAAGCCUUCACCCUGCGCUCCCUAAUGCCUAAUAACACCGAUAAAUAUUACAUCUACAACGGCUCCCUGACUGCUCCUCCCUGCUCUGAGAUGGUGGAAUGGGUUGUGUUCAAACAGACUGUGGCCAUAUCAGAAAAACAGUUGGAGAUGUUUUGCGAGGUGAUGACCAUGGAGCAGGCCGGAUACGUGAUGCUGACCGAUUACCUGCAGAACAACUUCAGAGAGCAGCAGCAGCAGUUCAUGGGUCAGGUGUUCGCCUCGUACACCGGAGUGGAGGACGUGCUCACACCCACCUGCAGCUUAGAGCCGGAGAACAUUCAGGCCGAUGCUCAGAACGACACCACCAUCGUGGUGACGUGGGAGCGCCCUCGCGUGGUUUACGACACGACCAUCGACUGGUACACCGUCACGUACCAGAGGCUGCAGGGCCGAGACCAAAGCAAGCAGGAGUACAGGACAGACGGGGACCAGGAUGUGGGCGCCAUCAUCUCAAGCCUGCUGGCCAACAGCAGCUAUGUGGUACAGGUGGUGGCUGUUUGCACCAAUGGACUCAGAGGACGAUGGAGCGACCAGAUCAUCGUGGACAUGCCUUUAGAAGACCCCGAAAAUGAUUCGGACCCCGACACUGUCACUAAAGAUGUGGGAGUCAACAAGGAGGUCUCAUCUAAAGCCAAGUGGGGGAAACCUGAGAACCAAAACCAGGUGGAUUUGCCCCUAGAGGACCACAGCCCUGUGGAGGAGGUCCCAGCGGAGCAGACCAGAGUUUACCAGAACCAUCCCACACGCCUCCAGGACCAGCCGACAGACCAAACCCAAGCCAACCAGAACGUCGCGGUGCAGGUCAACCCACGCCCAACCCCCAAGACUCCCUCUGAUUCUGUGGUUCUGCAGAAAACUCGACUGAACCAGAGUGCGAAAAAGAAACCGGAUCAAAACAGGUCUACACCGGAUGAUAUGGAUCAGAACUGGAUCGACGAGGACACCAUGACUCCAACACAGCGGACUUUCACUAAUGCAGGUUUUGACGGCAACGGUGCUAUCUGGAUAACCGAGGCAACGGAGCAGCCUGGCUUCCUGUUUCCAGUUGCUCGAAUCACGACGCUGCCGACGAUCCACCGACAAAUCACAGAAGAGGCUUCACUGUCAGUGGUCCCAAAUCAGUCAAAGGAUCAGGCUCCACCAGAACAAGCUGGUGAAAGUGAGCUCCCUUCUCCGCAGUCGGACCUCUACACCCCUCCUGUGGAGGAAAUCCAAGUCACAGAUGUCUUCUAUGAAGACACAGUCAACAACUUUCCCCUGGAAAGCUCCGCCUCCGCUGCAACAGAGUCCUCUGCUGCUGCUGCGGUGCCAGGUAUUAAAGUGGACGGAGUCUCCCCAGUGUUCUCCGCUGAGGACAGCGACGCUCCCGUGAACAAACCACUCCUGGAAACCGUCACUUCUGCCUCCUCUUCCUCCCCGUCCUCCCCCUGGAUCACGGCAAGGACGGCGACCGGCAGCAACACCCUCGCCGACUCAGUCUACAAAUCACUCACCACCUCCUCUCUGCUCAGGGUGCUGAUGCAUACGACCCAGCCCAUGUUCAACGAGGGCAGCAACAGCAGCCAUGAGUCUCGGGUGGGGCUGGUCGGAGGUGUGGAGAGGGAGAAGAGGACAGUCGUUCCUCUCGCUGUCGUCUCCACUCUCACCAUCAUCUGUCUGAUGGUCCUGGUGGGCAUACUCAUCUACUGGAGAAACUGUUUCCAGGCAGCGAACUUCUACCCAGACGACAGCGCCUCACCUAAAGUCAUAUCCGCUCCGUCUACCCCCCUGCUGCUGGCUACAGACGGUCAUGAGCCGCUGACGGUGAAGCAGUUUGUGAAGCAUGUCAUGGAGCUCCACACCAACAACACCUUCUUCAAGGAGUUUGAGAUUGUCAAAGAAUCCUACGAGGAGGUACAAGCCUGCACAGUGGACAUGGGCAUCACCACCGACAGCUCCAACCACCCCGACAACAAAAGCAAGAACCGAUACAUCAACAUUCUGGCCUAUGACCACAGCAGAGUGAAGCUGUCCAACAGUUUGGACAAAGACGGGAAAUGCGGGGACUACAUCAACGCUAACUUUGUUGAUGGUUACGAGCGAACGAGAGCGUACGUGGCAGCGCAGGGGCCCCUCAGAGCGGGCAGGGAAGACUUCUGGAGGAUGAUCUGGCAGCAGAAUAUCGGAGUGAUCGUCAUGAUCACCAACCUCAAGGAGAAAGGACGGACAAAAUGUGACCAGUAUUGGCCGGACGAGAACCAGGAGGAGUAUGGUCCGUACCAGGUGACCUUGAAAAGCAGCAAGACCCUGGCGUACUACACACUGCGGACCUUCACCGUCAGGGAUACCGCAAAUAAGGCGUCCCAGAGAGUCGAACACACAGUCAUGCACUACCACUACACCCAGUGGCCAGACAUGGGCGUCCCAGAAUACACUCUGCCUGUCCUGUCCUUCAUCAGAGCAUCGUCCCGGGCCCGCACACAAGAGAUGGGCCCUGUUCUGGUGCACUGCAGUGCCGGUGUAGGAAGAACAGGAACCUACAUUGUGAUAGACAGCAUGCUGCAGCAGAUCCAGGAUCAGGGGACAGUGAACGUUCUUGGUUUCCUGAAGCAUGUGCGGACUCAGAGGAACUUCCUGGUUCAGACAGAGGAGCAGUAUGUAUUUAUCCAUGAUGCCCUGGUGGAGGCCAUCUUGAGCCGGGACACCUCAGUGACGUCAGACCUCCUCCACACCUACGUGUCUGACCUCCUGACCCCUGGGCUGUCAGGCAGGACGCGCAUGGACAAACAGUUCAAAUUGAUCAGUCAGCGUCAGGCGAAGCACGCAGACUACAGCACUGCCCUGAAAGACGGCAACGCUGAGAAGAACAGAGCCAGAGCUCUGAUGCCUGUGGAGAGAUCAAGAGUGUGUCUGACUGCCUCCGAAACAAACACCACCGGCUUCAUCAACGCCUCCUACGUCAUGGGACAUCACCACAGUAAAGAGUUCAUAGUGAGCCAGACUCCUCUGAGCAGCACGGUGGCGGAUUUCUGGAGAAUGAUCUGGGAACACAACACACACACUGUUGUUCGCCUGCCGGACGCACACUGUCAGAGUCAAGAGGGGGGGGGCUGUGUCUACUGGCCCGGCAAAGACCAACCAAUGAGCUUUGAGGGUUUCAUUGUUUCGCAAUCGGGGGAGGAGCAUGUCUCUCUGUCCAAUGAUGAGAGACUUUUGAUGCAAGAUUUCAUGUUGGAGUCUACACAGAACAAUUAUGUGCUGGAGGUGCGACAGUACAGCGCCCCCUGCUGGCCGAACCCAGACAGUCCCAUCAGGAACAGUUUUGAUCUGGUCAACGCGGUCAGGGAGCACAGCCGACACACUGACAGGCCCACCGUCAUACAUGAUCCGUUGGGAGGUGCUACAUCAGGGCUGUUCUGUGCUCUCAGCACCCUGUCCAGUCAGCUGGAGGAGGAGGGAGCUGUAGACGUCUACCAGGUGGCACGGAUGACCAAUCUCAUGAGGCCUGGGGUAUUCAAUGAUGUAGAGCAGUACCAGUAUCUGUACCAUGCGGUGCUGAGUCUGGUGAGCAGCCAAGAGGACCAGAGAGCCCUGCAGAGUCCAGAGACCAACGGAUCUGUACCACUGGGACAGACCAACAUCGCAGAGAGCCUGGAGUCACUCAUGUAGACACACACACACACACACACACACACACACACACACACACACACACACACACACACACACACACACACACACACACACACAGAAACACACACGCACACACAGAAACGCACACUCCAGUGAUGUGGUGACCGAGGUUUGGCUUGUGAUGAGAGAACGAACAUUGUGGUUCAUAGCUGGGUCCAUGCUGAUGCCUGACUGCACAGUAUGUUCUGUAACCAGAGAUCAUUAUUAAAUAAUAAAACCUAACGAUCCAGUUUAAUCCAGUAAAGCCUUAAGUCAUCUAAAACACUGCAAACUGUGGAACAAAAUCAUAGCAGUACCAGGAUCUCCAUGUGGUGACUUCAUUUAGUCUCUGAGCUCAGUCAACACGUCAGGCAGGUGGGGACAGGUCAUCAUUACAGGUGACUUGUCUUUACAUAGGACGCUGUCAGACCCCGUUCACACCUGGUUCUAACAUCUGGUUCUAACAUCUGUCCUGAUGUGUCUCCUGUGACAAACAAACACAACUGUAACUUGUGCUGUUUUUACCCCGUGUGAGUUUUCAGAUGUGUCUGAUAACAGCUUUGUGAGAGCGAGUGAGCGAGUGAGUGAACGAGUGAGUGAGUGAACGAAUGAAUUCAUGCAGCUGCGAAAAAAAAUGUGACCAAAAAGAGUAUAAACCAUGAUGUGUUGAUCAGUGUUGAUAUUGGGUUGUUGGCUACAAACAAAUCAACAUGUGAUCAUUGAGAAGAAUAAAUGUGAUAUAAAAUACAUUUGAUUGAUUGUGAAACUGUGUGGGGGGGGGUCCGGGGAUGUCAGCUGGGGGGUCCUUCACAUGUGGCCCAGGAUGCAAUUAGGCUCACAUGCGUGCCAGACCCCCUCUGGAUGUGGUUUCAGGGAUCGGAUGUAGACUUAUUGAGGACACAUGUUAAUACCAGGUCUGAACGGGGUCUCCGUGUUAGAAGGCUACAUUACAGAAUUUACCAGAGACACAUUUCUGGUGUUAACCGUGGUAUCGUCGUAGCAGCAGCCUUUACACAGGGGUUUAUAAGUUAACUAAUGGCAUUACAUAUGGUUAAUAGAUCCUGUUCUUAUGUUUUUAUAGAUCAGUACAUAAACAGUGUUUGGAUUAUCGCAGGCUGUGAAACCUCCACCUGAUUGGAGCAUUACAAACUUCUACAUAAAAAAAAAAAAAAGGGCUGCAGAUUAAAAGUUGAUGAUCUAAGCACAUGUAUUAUUAAAAAUGUGAUGGUUUAUGAAACAAAGUGGAACAAUCCCAUGUUGAAAAGUGUGGAACCAAAAAAGCUUCACUGCCUUUCCAGCGGAAAACUGUGACUGUUCAGUGUGAAGCUUCGUGCAGCGGAGGUUCAGUGCUUUCUGAGAAACGGCCAAAAGUCUGUUAAAAACAAGUGAAUAUAGAGUAAAUACAUAUUUUUGAAAAAGUGAAAACGAAAUUCGAAUUCCAUUAUUUCGUUGUAUAUUAUUGUUUUUUUAAUCACAGUAAAGAUCCGUCUUUAAAAUACUUCCCUCUAUUUUAAUCUUUCUUUAAAUUGUAUUUCUUUUAUUUCUAGUUCUAUUGUUUCUCCUCCGUUGUUAUUUUUUAAGCUUUUGCUUUCGUCUUUCCUAUAAAAUGAAUACUAAUAAAAGUACAAAUCAGUAUAAAGAACCAUGUGAUUGAUGAUAAUAUUUCCUGCAAAAUAUUUGAUUCCCUGCACAAUAAUUGGCAGAAUUUCUAGAAACGUUUUAAUAACCAAAACCUUGAAGGCCUCACUCGUGACAGUGAAAUGACCGCCGGUGUUUACUGCUGUUGAAUUCUCCUGCUUCUGUCUCGUUGCCACUGCCACAUGGUCUCUGGUGCCUUUUUGUAACUCAUGCUAUUGUACUUAAAAACCUGUUUUGAUACAACUGUGGGAAUAAUAUGCCAAAAUAAUAAGACUGAUGUGUGGUCUGUAUCUAUUUUCUUAAAGGGGAUGAGUGUCUCAGUGUUGUAAAGGUCGGAGGGGAGGUGUUGAAGUGAUAUUCCAUCAAACUCGGUGUGUAGCUGUGGUCGGUUUAAAUCGAAAUCAAUCUGGAUUCUGGUGUUUUGAUGGUGAGCAGAAAACAUCACGACCUCUCAGAUGAGUCUUGUUGCAGAAUAAUCAAUGGGUGGAAUCCGCCAGAGGAAAAUCACGACAUCGUUUAUCUUCUGUUGCUGCAAAUAACUCAGAUUUCAGACAAUGAGCUGAGGGGGUGGGAAACUGAAAUGCUGUGACUCCCUCUGCGUCCCUGUGCCACUUUUUAUGACUGUUUCCAUUUUUUGAGUAAAGUCCAAAUGUGUCCGUAGCGUCCGACUGAAUCAAUCGACCUCUGAGUCGCUCUCACGCCUCGCUGCAGCUUCAGUCUGCGCCCGCUUUGCGUCCCUCAUCGUCUCGGGAUGCAAAAUCGCACAGACACAGCUGCGGUGAAGCCUGAGAGGGACUCGAAGCAGAUCCCACUGUUUGUGUGUAAAUAUCCCUGAACACAUUGAAAGGCCAAAUUACCGUAUGUUUAUAUUGUACCUCUAUAUAUUUUCUAUUUUACUAUAAAAGGUGAUUUUCUAGCCAUUUACACACACAUAUAUAUAUAUAUAUAUAUAUAUAUAUAUAAAAAAAUAACUGUGUGGAUUCUAUUUGAUAAUUUUAGCCUGGAAAUAUUGAUCAUGUUUAUAGUUUUAAUGGAAUGUUGUCUCUUUUUAUUCUCUUUAUGAUUACGUAGCAGCUUAAUGUCUAUACCUUUAUCUCCAGAUAUAUACUGGUGCAGUUUGUAUAUAGCAACAGGCUGAAGCAGCACAAUUAAAGAUUUGUUUCAAACUG